AUGCAGUCCAUGCAAAGACGCUUCGGUCGUAUGACCACCAAGCGAACCGCUGAUGACAGCCAGGUGGCGGUUCUAUUAAAAGAUUUUGAAGAUGCCGAUAUGUUGUUGACCAAGAUAAUCGAGUCGACCAAAGCCUGGCGCGAUGCCUGGAUAUCCAUUGCCACCUUCCAAAGUCGCAUGGCCGACGAGUUUGAUGGUCUCUAUGCACCCAUCGCCGGAUCGUCCGAGACACCUCCCCGCCACAUCCCAGUGGAGACCGACCCCGCGAUGCUCGCCCGCACCAACAAGUUCCGCCGUGAAAACGAUGAACUACGCGGCGAGCUCACGCAAGAGCUCAACCUGGUCGAGGAUCGCAUGUCCCGGCCUGCAGAAACAGCGAAGAGUUACCUGGCGCCAAUGAAGAAAACAAUCAAGAAGCGGAACGAUAAAAAGUCUGAUUUCGAGCGUUAUCAAAGCAAAGUUGACAGCCUCAUCCACAAGACUAAACGAACCGACCGUGAAAAUGUCAAUCUCGCCAAGGCAGAGCUCGACCUCUCCACAGCUAAAGAGGCCUACCAAGCCGCCGAUGACGACCUCCUCCGACGCCUCCCAACCCUAAUCUCCCUCCUCUUCUCUCUCUCCCCCUACAUCUUGCGCGCACAAAUCGAAAUUCAGAACCGUAUGCUUGCCCAUUACUACACCGUACUCGUCGGUUAUUGCGAAGAAGAAGGCUUCCCCUCUCCACCUCCACCCAUGGAUCAUAUAAUCCACGACUUCGACCUCGCCCACAAGCCCGCCCAAGCUGAUAUCGAAAGCCUCAGCUGCCUGGCGCAUGGCAAAGCCCUGCGUCUUGCCCAAGCACCUGAUCCCAGCCCCCAAUCCCCCUCCAAACGCCCCUCCAUCAGCAGUCGCACGACUAGCAGCAUCUCUAUUCGCAGCGCUGCCAGCAGCAAGUACUCCCUGCCGCCGCCCAUGCCGAAGCCUUGCGCCACUGAGCUACCCCCACCCUCCCCGGCCUCUUCCAUCAUGACACCACCCAUUUCGAUCGGCAGCUCCUCCAGCACACCGCCGCUCUCCAGUGCCGGCGGCUCCUACACGCCGCCCGUGCCGAACUUUGCCGCGCCGGCGCCUGCGCCGCCAACCGGUGUUCAGUUCUCCCCGGCUGGCCCGAAAAUCGAUCAUUUCCGGCUGGACCGGGGCAACGGGGCCCCAGUCGUGGCGUCAUCGUUUGGCCCAGACGCUUUGGCGCUGGCGGCGACGAAGAAAAAGAAGCCUCCACCCCCGCCACGGCCAAGCAUGAAGUUUGUCACGGCACUGUAUGAUUUCGAUGGACAGGGCCAUGGGGAUCUCUGUUUCCGGGAGGGUGACCGGAUCCAGGUGGUGCAGAGGACAGAGAGUACAGAUGACUGGUGGGAAGGGGAGCUGCGAGGGGUACGGGGGCAGUUCCCUGCGAAUUAUGUCGAGUAA